CCCGUUUUAUCGCUCGGCCGCCGCCCAUUAAACCCUAACUCCUGGGCCCUCCCUGCGAUAGAUUCUGCCUGCAACCCGUCGAGGUGAACAAUUAUUUCACGAAAUGUCUCGAGUUUAUGUUGGGAACUUGGAUUCACGAGUGACUGAAAGAGAUCUAGAAGAUGAAUUUCGAGCAUUUGGUGUACUUCGAAGUGUUUGGGUUGCUCGAAGGCCUCCUGGUUAUGGAUUUGUUGAAUUUGAUGACCGGCGAGAUGCCUUAGAUGCCAUUCGAGAUUUAGAUGGGAAGCACGGGUGGCGUGUGGAGCUUUCUCAUAAUUCCAAGGGUGGCGGUGGUGGUCGUGGUGGAUAUGGACGAGGUGGUGGGGACAUGAAUUGUUACGAAUGUGGUGAACCUGGUCACUUUGCCCGAGAGUGUAGAUUGCGGAUUGGUCCAGGUGGCAUGGGUAGUGGAAGGCGUCGAAGCCCUAGCCCACCUCGCUAUCGGCGGAGCCCUAGCUAUGGUCGUGGAAGUCGCAGUCCACGAGGGAGAAGAUCCCCUCUUCGUCGCAGCUAUUCAUCUCGUAGUCGAUCACCUGCACCUCGCCGUCAAGAUUCUCCUUAUAGUAACAGGAGUCCCGACAGGGAUCGACGCCAUAGUUAUUCACCUCGCCUUGGCAAGAACUGCAGCCGUUCACCAGCAUAUCGUCGUCAAGACUCUCCUUAUGCCAAUGGGGAUGGGCGGAGGAGCCGGAGCAGGAGUAGGAGCAGGAGCUAGAGUACACCAUGUGUCUGAUAAAUCCAACAGAAAUUAUCUAUUUCAAUAUGACCUUGACUGGUUAGACCGUAGAUUCGAUGUCCUACGAUAAUUAGUUGGCUUAAAGUGGUUAAAUGUGGACUCUGGAGCUUUGGAUUCUUCACCUUUUGGUUGGAGCACUCUCCUCAGCUUGCUGGCAUUUGGAGAGGUUAUUUUUCUAGUUCAUUUUCAUGUUUUUGUCUCUAUUUUAAAUCUUGAAAAUCAUACUUGGUUGUGGUAGUAGAUCAAUCAAUGCUUUAAUACAGUCAGAUUAAUGUUUUUUUAUGGCCUUUAA